GUAGGAUCAGUGUCCCACAACGUACAUGCAACCAUGGACAUAGAUUGACGCCGCAUCGAGCGCUGAGCCGUACGUCAACGUCCCCGCCAUAUUUGAUGUGUCAAGGCUGCGCUGUAAAUGAAUACAAGUAAACCCUUGACACAUCCAAUAUGGCGGCGACGGUGACAUAUCACUGCAGUGGACAAACCCACUCGAUGCUGCGUCUAUCCACUCAACCCUGUUACCCUCACAUUUUUAGCAGUAGAUGAAGAAAACUAUCACAUGACAUAAAGGAGCAGUUUGCCAAUGGCACGAGCAGACCAGAGCAGUGAAGUAUCCUUCCAGGUAGCCAGCCAGGAAGAAGGUCGUCUCGUCUUCCUGUUUGCCACCACCACAACCAGCACAAAUUUCCAAGAUUCCCCAUCCAGAUCUCAAAAUGUCCCUGAAGCUCCCACUAUUUGGGAAGACGUUCAGUCCGAAGAAGAUUCCUCCAAGGAAAUCAGCAUCGUUGUCAAGUCUUCAUACAUUAGACCGUUCCACACGGGAAAUUGAGCUGGGCCUUGAGUAUGGACCGCCUAUAAUGAACGUUGGAGGACAUACAUUGAAAUUUGAAGAUGGACAGUGGAUAACAGAAUCCGGUGGAAAUGUAUCUGUGAGGGAAGUGGAGCGGCUCAAGAAAAGAAAUAUACAGCUAGAGGAGGAGAACAAUGUUCUAAAAUUAAAGAUUGAAAUUCUUCUUGACAUGCUGACACAGUCCACAGUAGAUUACCACCUGAUGGAGAAAGAAGUGCAGGAGAUAACGCCUCUGCAUUGAAGAAAGGACAAAUAUGAAAUGAUGUCUUCCUCAUAGGAAUUUUUAAGUGGAAUUAUGUUUUGUAUUUUAAAUAUUACCUUUGGUUUUGUGCAUUGUAAUGAUGUCCAAAUGUUAUUGAUCAUGAACACUUUUAAGCAAAAUCAUGCUUUGUUAACUACAAUGAACUGGUCCAUAGAUUUUUUUUUAAUAAAUUGCCUUAUUUUUUUAUUACCUCAUGUAUAUUAAAUAGUAUCUGUAUUGCAAACAGUUCUCUUCACAUUAAAGUGGAAUCCC